GUGGUGGUGGGAGAGGGGGCUGCUCUUGCCUAGCUCUGUGCUUGGCACCUCUCAGAUCAUCGGUGUCCAGUGUGAUGUCCACUUUGCAGGGCAAACAUUGAGAUGGUUGCUGCCAAUGUCCCUGCUGCAUCUCCCAGUCUGUCCUGCUGCGUGGCCCUGACCCCUUUGCUCCCCCCAGGCUUUCUCCAGUCCCCGGCUCUAAAGAUGCACCGGGUUCUGCUUGCAUCCCUCUGGCUCCUGGCAGCAUCCCCCACCUCCAGCAUCUUCCAGAAGCCAACAGGGAGCCCUGCCACCCCACGCCUGCAGUACCUGCUGGAGCCCCUGCACACCGCGGUGCACACACAGCGAGGUGCCACGGCCACGCUGCCCUGCGUGCUGCGCGCCCUGCCCCGCAACUACCGGGUGAAGUGGAGCAAAGUGGAGCCAGCCAACUAUGGGGAAAACGUUAUCAUCAUCACCAACGGGCUGUACCACAAAAACUACGGGCCGCUGAGCCCCCGCGUGCGCCUGCGGCACAGCCACCGCUAUGAUGCCUCGCUCACCAUCACCGAUGUGACCUUGGAGGAUGAGGGACGCUACCGCUGCCAGCUGGUCAACGGGCUGGAGGAUGAGAGCGUCUCGCUCACGCUGCACCUGGAGGGUGUUGUCUUCCCCUACCAGCCCAUUAAUGGGCGUUACAGAUUCAACUACCACGAAGCCAAGCGUGCAUGCGAGCAGCAGGAUGCCCGGCUUGCCACCUACCAGCAGCUCUACAAAGCUUGGAUGGAGGGCCUGGACUGGUGCAACGCAGGCUGGGUGCUGGAUGGCACCGUGCAUUACCCCAUCAUCAACUCACGGGAACCAUGUGGCGGCCGCCUCCUGCUGCCAGGCAUCCGCAGCUAUGGGGCCAAGGACAAGCAGAGGGACCGCUUUGAUGCCUUCUGCUUCACCUCUGCACUGCAAGGUGAGGUCUAUUUCAUCCGAGGCCACCUGAACUUCAAGGAAGCCGGGCAAGCGUGCCGCAACCACGGUGCUACCAUUGCUAAAGUGGGGCAGCUCUACUCCGCGUGGAAGUUUUUGGGGCUGGAUCGCUGUGACGGGGGGUGGCUGGCAGAUGGAAGCGUGCGAUACCCCAUCACCACCCCCAGGCAGCGCUGCGGGGGUCUGCCGGAGCCUGGCGUCCGCAGCUUUGGCUUCCCCAGCAAGGAGCUGCGGACCUACGGCACCUACUGCUUCGUGGGGACGUAGGAGAGGUGGGCAGAGGCAAAGGGGUGGCACCGGCUCUCGUCACCUGAGUGGAGAGCUCAAGGUGGGACAGCGGUCUCUGGGGCAUUUUGGGUGGUGCUUGCAUCCUCUGAUGGAGUGAUGAGGCUGAAUUUGGGGGAAUUUGUGCAUCCUCUGAUGGGGCUGAAUGUGGAGGGUUUGUGCAUCCCCUCUGACGGGGCUGAGUCUGAGGGGGUUGUGCAUUUAAUGGAGCUGUUCCCCGCACUCAGCUGCCUCAGAGUUUUGAAGGCAUUCAAGGCUUGAUGGAGAAUCCAGAACCAUUUCCAGCCCAGGAAUUGAGGGGGUCUGGUCCAGCACGGCAGGCUCCCUGACGCCCCCCAACCUCGGUGCCACCCCCAGCCCUGGCCUCGCUUCCUACGGCCAUGCAGACUUUGGCUGGUGCAGGCAUGCUGGAGAACCAGGCAUUAACGAGUGUGACUAAUGGAGUUUCGCUUUUUCAAUUAAUAAAGCGACAGUAAAGCGACCGC